ACAGCCGCGCAGGCGUAGUCUCUUGUGGUGGUAGACGCGGAGGCAAGGCCCGGCGGGUAAAUAACAGAUGCGGGUGAAAGAGCCAUCCAAAGCUUUACCUGAGAAAGCCAAAAGAAGUAAAAGGCCUACUGUACCUCAUGAUGAAGACUCUUCAGAUGACAUUGCUGUAGGUUUCACUUGCCAACAUGUAAGUCAUGCUGUCAGUGUAAAUCAUGUGAAAAGAGCAAUAGCUGAGAAUCUGUGGUCAGUUUGCUCAGAAUGUUUAAAAGAAAGAAGAUUCUAUGAUGGACAGCCAGUACUUCCUCCUGAUAUUUGGUUGUGCCUCAAGUGUGGUUUUCAGGGAUGUGGGAAGAACUCAGCCAGCCAGCAUUCAUUGAAACACUUCAAGAGUUGGAGAGCAGAGCUUCAUUGUAUUACAAUUAGUCUGAGCACAUGGAUUAUAUGGUGUUACGAGUGUGAUGAAAAGUUAUCAACGCAUUGUAAUAAGAAGGUUUUGGCUCAGAUAGUUGAUUUUCUCCAGAAACAUGUUUCUAAAACGCAAACAAGCGCAUUUUCUAGAAUCAUAAAACUUUGUGAAGAAAAAUGUGAAACAGGUGAAAAAAAGAAGGGAAGAAAAGGCAGCAGUGUAACAUCUGUAAAAGGAAUUACUAAUUUAGGAAAUACUUGCUUUUUUAAUGCUGUCAUGCAGAACUUGGCACAGUCUUACAUUCUUAUUGAACUGAUGAAUGAGAUCAAAGAAAAUGGCACAAAACUCAAGAUUUUUCCUUCUUCAGACUCUCAGCUGGAUCCAUUAGUGGUGGAACUUUCGAGCCCUGGACCAUUGACUUCAGCCUUGUUCCUGUUUCUUCACAGCAUGAAGGAAACUGAAAAAGGACCGCUUUCUCCUAAAGUUCUUUUCAAUCAGCUUUGUCAGAAGGCCCCUCGAUUUAAAAGUUUUCAACAACAGGACAGUCAGGAACUUCUGCAUUAUCUGCUGGAUGCAGUGAGGACAGAAGAAACAAAGAGAAUCCAAGCUAGCAUUCUAAAAGCAUUUAACAACCCAACUACUAAAACUGCUGAUGAUGAAACUAGGAAAAAAGUCAAAGCAUAUGGAAGAGAAGGAGUGAAAAUGAACUUCAUAAAUCAGAUCUUUAUUGGUGAAUUAACUAGCACGGUCAUGUGUGAAGAAUGUGCAAAUAUCUCCACAGUGAAAGAUCCUUUUAUUGAUAUUUCACUUCCUAUAAUAGAAGAAAGGGUUUCAAAACCUGUACUUUUGGGAAGAAUGAGUAAAUAUAGAAGUGUAAAGGAGACAGAUACUGGUCAGUUCAGUGGCACUGUUACUAUAGAAAAUACUCAUCAGCCCAGAGCAACCAAGAAGCCUUCUUCAUCUAAAGAUAAGAAUCAACUAAUUCAUGGAAAAAAGCGUAUAAGAAAAUUGUCAUCCGGAGAAGAUAAAGCUGUUGUCAUAAACCGGAAAAAAGGAAACCUUGAAAUGAAUGGGGAUUCUUCAGUGUUUGCAAGUGUCAUGAGUACGGAGGCAACUCUGACUGAAAGCCCUACGGAUGGCAGUGAAAAAGAAGCCAGCCAUUCGGAAAGUAGUGUUGAUGCUGACAGUGAGGCUUCAGAAUCUGAAAGUGCCUCUAAGCAGAAUGCAUUGUUGAGAUCCAGUAGUGGAUGCUGUGUGCACACAAAUGGGCACCUUCACCAUCCUUCAGCCAGCGAACCACCCACCAAGGAGUCUGACAGUGGUGAUGAGGGAGUGGCUGAAGCUAUUUCUGAACUUCAUUUAAGCAGCACUGUAACUGGAGAUAGAGAUUUUGACAGAGAAAAUCAGCCAGUAAAUCUUCCAAAUAAGUUAUGUUUUUCAGAGGAGAAGCAUAUGAUGUCUCACAGUCCCCAAAAUGCUUUUCAGACCCUUUCUCAGAGCUAUAUAACUACUUCUAAAGAAUGUUCAGUUCAGUCUUGUCUCUACCAGUUUACAUCUAUGGAAUUACUAAUGGGGAAUAACAAGCUUCUAUGUGAGAACUGUACUGAAAAGAAACGGAAGUACCAAGGGGAAUCCAGUACUGCAGAAAAGAAAGCAGAAGGAAUUUAUACUAAUGCCAGGAAGCAGUUGCUCAUUUCUGCUGUUCCAGCUAUCCUAAUUCUCCAUCUUAAAAGGUUCCAUCAGGCUGGAUUGAGUCUUCGCAAAGUAAACAGACAUGUAGAUUUUCCACUUAUGCUUGAUUUAGCACCAUUCUGUUCUGCUACUUGUAAGAACGUAAGUGCAGGAGAGAAAGUUCUCUAUGGUCUGUAUGGCAUAGUGGAACACAGUGGCUCAAUGAGAGGAGGUCACUACACCGCAUAUGUGAAAGUGAGAACACCUUCCAGGAAAUUAUUGGAACAUAUCACUGGAAAGAAAAAUGUACCUGGUUUGAAAGAACCUGAUAGUGACUCAGCAGGCCAGUGGGUCCAUGUUAGUGACACAUAUGUGCAGGUGGUUUCAGAAUCAAGAGCACUCAGUGCACAAGCAUACCUUCUUUUUUAUGAAAGAAUAUUUUAAUUAUUAAUUAAGGGUAAUGAUUGUUUAGAUCACUUUUAUUUAAAUGCUGCAAUGAUAACCAUAAUAUGCAAUGUGCCUUUGUAGUCUUUUCUCUUCUGUAAGAAUAGCAUGUCCAUCAAAUGCUCCUGAACAUUUUUACCAUUUUGGUGAAACCUUUUAAAGUAAAUUUACUCAAUGCUUUCAAAUUUAUAUUCUUAAAAUAAAUGUAAAUACAUCUUUAAAAAGAGUAUUGAUCCUGGAACAAAACCAGAAUUUACAGUAGUAGGGGAAACCCCUUUAUGAUGUGGCUUAUAAUUGCAAGCAUUCAGAAAUGAUGCUGGCUAAAUCAGAUCAUUCCUUAAAACAGUGUUUCCCAAUGUAAGUCACAUACCACCUUUCUCAUCUCAUAUGUAUAUAUUUGUCCCUUGUGCCAUUAUUUACUUAUUUUUAACCUUAUUUUUUAGCCUUUUUUUAACUGUAGCCCUGGUUUAAGCGUAUUCCACAUUUUAUGUGCCAGUUGUAUUUUUUCAAAUAAGCAUUAAAAUAAAUAUAUAACUAUUAAGGACAUAUUGUUCAUCCAUGUAGCACACCACUUAAAAUCAUCUCAGGGCUAUCCAUGGUGUAUGUAUAUUGCUAUGUGGGAAACAUUGCUCUCACAUAUACAACUGGCAUAGUGACCUGGUCAUUUUGUGUAUGCUUCAGCCAUAUAAAAAGGUAUUAAUGUAACCAGUAAUAUGAGUUUACAAAUAAUAAUUUGAUUACGUGGAUUAUUGCUUUGCAGUUUUGAGAACUAGAAAAAUAGGAAAUAUUUCAUCAACAUAUUGUUUGUAACCUGUUCAUGGUGGAGUUAAAAAUAAUUUUCAAGUGAUUAGCCAAGGUCAAACUAUAACAUGCAAUAAACAAUUAAAAUAGAAUUGUAACAUGCAGAAUUGGUAAAUAGAAGUAAGUUAUUAAUCCAUAUGAGACCUUUGAAAUAUAAAUUACCAAAUUAAAAAUUUUAAAUGACAAGAAUUAUAUUCUUAUUAUACUUAACAGGGAAAUAUAACACAUUUUUUAGUUCUGUAAAUGGGUAAAUAUUAAUCAUGGUAUUUUUGGGUUCUGAGAUUACUUUUUAACAAGCAUCAUUAAUAAGUUCAGGUGUGUUUAGCUUUUAUUUUCAUGGGGCAUAAAGUUGGAAAAUAUUACUCUUACUUAGACUUAAAUUUUAAAAAAUAAUGGCUACUUUGAUGUUAUUGAAUCAAAACACCUAAUUGCAUAGUUCAAGCAUCCUAAUCAUUAGUGCCACUGAAUGAUACUACAGGCAGAUGCUGGAUAAGUGUCUAGGCCCAGAUUAUUCUCCACUUGGGAAGGAAGGAUAAGAAUAGUGGCUGGAUAUAAUUGUGGAAAUAUUUACCAGGACUCUGACCCUUCUUAACAUAUAAGUAGAUGUAACAUUAUAAGUAUAUA